AUGAAGCUGCGCUCAAGUCGCACUAUCGGCACCCCCGCCACUGGUCUCCACGACCUGCCGCCCGAGCUGCUCGACUGGGUCUUGUCCUAUGCCGACCAAAUCGAUCUGCUCAACCUCUCCCUGGUCUGCACCUCGUUCAACAAGCUCGUCCUCCCGCGCUUGUACUCGGACUACACCAACACCAACUUCAAGUUCCUCCGUCCCAUAUCCAUCUUUCUCUCCCGCAUUGCCCAACAUGCCGACCUCGCCCACCACGUGCGCCGUGUCGAGCUCGCCGCCUGGACCACCAAGCUGGUCUAUCUGCACCCCACCUUCCCAUAUCACAUUCCCGCUCUGCCUGACGACCAAUUCGACUCCUUUGUCGCCGCUGCAAAGCAGUCCGGCCUCGUCCAGGAAGACCAAGACUGCAAGCACUUCAGGCCCAUCGUCAGGAACGACCAGCUCUGGUGUGACUACGGCCCCGCCUACGACUCUGACGGCUACGACUCUGACGAUCUGGACGAACUCGCCUACGACUCCGAUUCUGUCUCCGACCCUGACGCCGACUCCAUCGAGAGCUCCCAUGGUCGCUCUCACUCACGCGUACACGAUGAUGUCGAGUUCUUGCGCUGCCUGAAGCAUGGCCUUGAAGACCCGCAGGUCCUUCUACUGCUCUCCAUGCUGCCCCGUCUGCAGGAACUGUCCCUACGUGGCCAUCGCAUGACCCAAGCCUUGCCCUGGGAUAAGCUCUGCUCCAAUUCACUGACCUCCCUGACCAAGCUCAAGGUCGCUGGUAAAUGCGAGGACUCGAAUUGGGACUUUGUCGAACUCCAUACUGUAAUCAAAUUACCCUCGUUGCGAGAGCUGCAUGGCUACAUGGCCAUGAGUGAUGAGUGGGACGACGACAUCUCCAACAGAUAUCUAAACGUCGAGCCCAACUCCCUCUCGCUUACCCACAUCUAUCUCGAACGCUGUUCACUAGGUCCAAGGACCAUCAAGAACCUGAUACGAGGCUGCAAAGCCCUCGAGGCCUUCUCCUACGUUACUGGUGGAAGAUACGUCGGCUUCGAGCAGUUCCGCGCCCAGGAAGCCAAACCGCACCUGCUCAAGCACAAAGCGACCCUGAAGUACCUGGCCCUAGACCUUUCGCAUUGGAACUUCCCCCGCACCUUCACCAGCUUCAAAUCCAUGGCCGACUUCACCAGUCUCGAGAAGGUCGUCAUGGACUACGGCACCCUCCGCUGGAAGCCAACACACCACCUGGCCCCCGUGCCCCUCAUGGUGGACGACUUCCGCGACGAGGAAGACAACGACAUCCACACCGCCAACACCCAACCCCCGCUCCCGGACCUCCUCCCCCCCUCGCUCAAAGAGCUCAUCAUCUUCCAAGCCCCGCCCGUCGUCGUCGAGAACCUCCUCGCCUUCGAGACGUCUUCGCGCGCCCAGAACCCCUCGCUCGCAUCCAUCAAGAUCCACACGUCGAGACGGCGCAUGACGGGGGUCCCCAACCACUCGCGCCUGCCGGCCAUGUUCGCCGAGAAGGGCAUCGCGUACGCGGAACCCACCGUCACCAUGGACUUCCCCAUCCCGCAGAUGUACAACUGGGUCGUGCGCCCGACCAAUCGGCGCGCCACGCGGUGGAACCCGCGGGCGAAGCGGUACCAGACCUUCGCCUCGCGGUACGACUACCGCCGCUUUUGCGACGAGGUGCUGCGCGAGGGCAAGGACGGAGGCCCCCCCGCGCCGGAGCGGCGCCUCGGGCCCCACGAUGAGCCGCUGGCGUGCGACCAUCACGAGUGUCGGGACGCUUUGUGGGACGACGACGCGUCGUCGGUGGAUGAUGAGGACGACGAUGCCAUUGUUGAUCACUUGAUGGGGUUUAAUCAGAUGUAUGGCGGUAUGGUGUUUCCAGGGAAUCCGCUAAGCAUGGGGGGCCCUGUCGACUUUGAUCAUGAGACUGAGUCGGCGGGGAGUUACGACAGCUUGACGAGCGAUGGCAGUCUCGAUCACGAUGAUGAUUUGGAGGAUGAUUUCGACGACGACGGGCUGGACUCGUCGGAUCUCAGUGCUGCGGAUUGGAACGCUCACACCCAGUCGCUCGGGUACUAUGAGUGGGAAGGCUUCUAG